UAAGGAGUGUGAAAUAAAGGGUGACUGUAAAAUUAUUUAUUUUUUUGACUUUUUCUGGAUGACUUUCAGCAUUUCAGUCAGGGGUUGUAAAACGUUAAACAUCAGAUAAUCAGGCAACCAAUGAAACUGUCAGGGUAGAGGUGGCGUCAAAUGCUCCUCGACCAAUUGGAGUCUUUAAAACGACGUCUGAACAAGAAACUCAGCAGCAGGCUUCGCUAGCACAGAUCUCAUCUCAACACGGCGUAUUAACUACAGACUCCCACAGCAGAAAUGACAGAGACGAGAAACCCCAACCAGCAACAAAACAGAGACGCUGUGGUGGCAGAAACGUCUACGAGAGAUGAUGUUUUUGAUGAUAGUUAUAAAGCAAAAGAGGGCCCUAAACCGCGGAUGAGACUGGUGUGGAGAAACGUCAUAUUAAUGGUUUUAUUACAUGCUGGAGCGCUUUACGGACUGAUGCUUGUGCCCUCCACCUCGGCCUUAACUCUGGCUUGGACUGUUGUGUGCUUCUUGCUCAGUGCCCUGGGUAUAACUGCGGGGGCCCACCGCCUCUGGAGUCACAAGUCCUACAAGGCCUCCACCCCUCUGCGAGUCUUCCUGGCCCUUGCCAACUCCAUGGCCUUCCAGAAUGACAUUUACGAGUGGGCGAGGGACCACCGGGUUCACCACAAGUACUCCGAGACGGACGCGGACCCCCACAAUGCACUGCGGGGCUUCUUCUUCGCUCACAUUGGCUGGCUGCUCGUCCGCAAGCACCCUGACGUGAUCGAGAAGGGCAUGAAGCUGGAGCUGACGGACCUGAAGGCAGAUAAAGUCGUCAUGUUCCAGAGAAAGUACUACAAGCUCUCUGUGGUUCUGCUGUGUUUCCUGGUGCCCAUGUGGGUGCCCUGGUACCUGUGGGGUGAGUCUCUGUGGGUGGGCUACUUCAUCCCAGUCCUCAUGCGGUACACCCUGGUGCUGAAUGCUACCUGGCUGGUCAACUCUGCAGCUCACAUGUGGGGCAACCGACCCUACGACCAUCACAUCAACCCCAGUGAGAACCGUUUCGUGGCCUUCAGUGCCAUCGGCGAGGGCUUCCACAACUACCACCACACCUUCCCCUUUGACUACGCCACCAGUGAGUUCGGCAUUAAGAUGAACAUCACCACUGCCUUCAUAGACCUCAUGUGCUUUCUGGGCCUGGCCAAGGACUGCAAGAGGGUGUCCCGCGACCUCGUCUCGGCCCGCGCCCAGCGAACAGGUGACGGCAGCCACAAGACUGGCUGAAUGUUGUCUCAAACCGUUACGGACUUGAUGCGACCGAUGCCAGAUACGAUAAAACAGGCUAAACCAAUGAAAGAAAGAAUGUAGCUGUAGUAAAUUGCAGUAUUGAUGAUCGGAGUUAGUAGUGCUGCAGUUAGUAGUGAUCAAACCAUGGUCCAUUGAUGUCUGCUUCUGUAUUAUGAGUUAAAAACCUAUACUUGAGUUCCUCAGACUAAUAUUGGCUUUAAAAUCGGUCCUAGACCUUUCAGUAAAGUUUUUUUUAUUAUUUUGUUUUUAAAUGAAUGAUGCGUGAGGUGACUAAGAAAAGUGAUCUAAUGGCCUGGCUAAGCGAGGUAUGUUAGCGCAGAGAUUUAAGAGUCUAAGUCACUAUUGGUGGAAAAAACCUGAAGUGUGUAUGGCGGAGAUGGACGCUGUAAUGCGUGACACUAUUACACCAACCAAACUACCUGCCUGUGCUAUCUGCACCAACAAUGAAGAUGGUAUAACAUUAACCUCUAAUUUAUUCAUGAGCUAUUAAUUAACCAUCUGUGGCACUUUUGAAAUUGUGAAAAGAAAAAAAAGUUUGAGGUUUCUUCACAUUUUAGGCUAAGUAGGUGAAAUUUUGUUUUGAUAAAGUGUCGAUUUCAAUUCGGGCUGAAUGAUCCUGACAUAUGGAUGCAAAUAUUUCUAUCAGUCACGCUUUGUUGACAUUCAUUCCCUAAGCAUGGAGUAGUUGAAAUUCUUUAAAAUCCUGGGGGAAGUCCACCUUUUGUCAAAAGUUUACAUUUACGUUUAAGAUUAAAUUUAAGUUUUAUAUUUAACAUUAUUUGCUUUUAUUAAGCCACCCUACUUCAGUCUUAUUUUACUAUAAGCUGCUGUGUUGAAACAGCCCUACUUACUUCUACAUCAACGUACUGUUGAGCUGUCAUUAUAUACCAGACCAUAUUCCAUAUAGGCUGGUGUAGAAGUGCAGUUAUGCGGCAGUGUUACAUAUUAUUGCACCAGUUGUCUCCUCCUGUCCAAGUUGCUCUUCACAGGAGAUUAUUUCCUCUUGUAGAAGAGGAUGAAGGAAGGUAUCAGAUCUCAAAUUGCACAUAUAUUCCCUGUAUAGUGCAAUACUUUUGACCAGGGCACAUUGUGGGCUCUGGUCAAAGGUAGCGCACUGUAUAUGGAAUCGGGUGCCAUUUGGGACAUAAGGUCUCUUCAUUUGUGUAUAACACGAUUUAUACCUCUGGAUAUUUUGUGGGGGCGACGGUGCCUGUGACUACAGUCGGAUGGUCGGACAGAAGCCUGGUUGGGUUUUUUCCAUCCUGCUUCAGACACUUCUGCACUGAAACGUAGUUAAAACGCAAACUCUGAUCAGUCUUUAUUAAACAAAAUAAUACUUGUUUGUAUUUAUUUUUUACUCUUACUGCAGCUGAAGUUAAAGAGUAAGGGACUUCUGUCUCCCUCCUCCAAUAGGACAAGGUGAAAGAGGCUUUGAGAGCAUUUGCAUACGUGUCGUCUCUCGGUAUCUUCAAUUAAAUUUAGUCGACUCUCGCCCAAGAUGCCUUAUGGAAGUAAUGUUACUUUGCACCCUUUGUAGACGUGGACAUGUCUAGAAAAAGAUGGAUGUGACGGGGGAGGGAAAGAACAAGCCAGGGGUUUAGUUAAUUUGGUUGUACAUCAAUUGUAAGUUAACACUAGGCGUGAGGGUGGGGGGGAAACUAUAGGAAUUCUACUGAGUACUGAGGGAAAAAAAUACAUUUUGAAUAUUUGCUUUGGAGCUGUGGUUGAGUUAUUUAAAGACUGUCUUAAUAUCUAUAUAGGAGAGAGCUGAAAGCACUCCUUUAACUCGAAAGUAAAAGGAAAGACCAUGUGCUUGGGAUAUUCUGUGAAGCAUCAGAUUCUGAGGGAUUAAGAAUAUAUUUUUGCAUAAUAGUUAAACAAAUGUGGUGUUUGGCUCUGAAGAAACAAGAUUCCAGAUUAGUUAUUAACUCAUGAAAUUGUAAUAUUUGUCACACUUUGGUCUACCUUUCUCAGUGCAAUUAUUUUGUGCAGUGUUAACUUCUUGAAGUCUGAAUGCCUUAAAAAAAAAACUGCAGCAUUUUUUUUCUAAGAAUGUUCUACCCACUAUGUACCGUAAAUAAACCACAUUUUCUACAUGUUGAAAGUA